UGAACGCGCGCGUAUACGCACCAGGAUAUGUCGUUCACGCUCACACCGUCUGGUAGACAGACGACGAGGCUACCUGAGAGAAACGAAUAAACGGAACACACAGAUGAACGAACGAUGGCUCUUUCCAAGGAAAACUAAUGGGCGACGACGACGACGUGUACGAGCGAAGUGAGAUGCAGAGUUAUACCGAUAAUGGUAACGAAGAAAAUACGCAGGCGAGAAAUUCUCGUCAAGGAUUGCCCGUUGUAGUCUGGAGCAACGUUGUGCCAUAUCUGGGACGACGUGGAAUACGGUCGCAUGUCACACGUGAGGAUUCUUACUCAAGUGUGCGUGUAUGAGAUAUCGAAGUUCAAAAUCGCCGUGACAUGCAUUUGUUCUGCCCCAUCGCGAGGGACAUAUUUGCUUUACGUAUAAGUUGCUUGCAACUUUUACGAUGCUGCGCGUCGCAAUUAGUCGAGCUGUUCGAAGAUGCAGUACCAACGCUUGCUCGGUGAAGUGCAAGCGGCUGGAAGGAAAAGUCGCGAUCGUGACAGGUUCGACAGCUGGACCAAAGCGAACUUCGGAGGUCUCGAUAUCCUGGUGCCUAACGCGGCUGUUAGCCCAGCACUUUGCACAGUGCUGGAGACUACCGAGGAGAUGUGGGACAAAAUUUUCAACGUCAACCUUAAGGCGACGUUCCUGCUCAUGAAGGAAUCCCUGCCGUUCCUUAAAUGCAGCAAAUCACCUUCUAUCACCAUCGUGACCUCGGUUGCGGCCUAUCAGCCCAUUGACAUCGUAGGUGCAUAUUCCGUCAGCAAAACCGCUUUGACAGGACUGUGUAAAGCCACCGCGGAGGACCUUGCGUGCGACAGGAUUCGCGUGAACUGUGUUGCGCCGGGGGUCGUAAAGACCAAGUUUUCAAAAGCGGUAACUUUCCUACAAUCCUACAUCUGAGCCACUUGUCCUGUAUCUCUCGCAUAAAUUAAACGGAAUAACAUUCCAAAUGUGUGCACAUGUUCCCCGCGGCUUUCAGCUGUACGAGUCGGAGACGGCGCAGCGGGCCGCAGUGUCGAAUAUUAGUAUGGGAAGAAUGGGAAUGCCAGAUGAAAUUGCGAGUGUAGCCGCGUUCCUUGCCAGCGACGAUGCUUCCUACAUCACCGGCGAGUCCAUCGUGGUGGCAGGCGGAAUGAAAUCCAGACUCUAG